AGGCCAGCCACCACCUAUGCUGGUCAUGUGACCCUGAAGGCGGGGCUCCGGGGAAAAUGGCGUCGCUGUUCCAGUUGGAGAGGGUCUUGUACUUGGUACACGGCGACAAAGAGAUCCGAGCGCCGCUCUCGCAGCUGUACUUCUGCCGCUACUGCAGCGAGCUCCGCUCCCUGGAAUGCGUCUCUCACGAGGUGGACUCGCACUAUUGUCCCAGCUGCUUGGAGAAUAUGCCGUCGGCCGAAGCCAAGCUGAAGAAGAAUAGGUGUGCUAACUGCUUUGACUGCCCUUGCUGCAUGCACACUCUCUCCACCCGUGCAACCAGCAUUCCUGCUCCGCUUCCUGAUGACCCAGCCAAGACCACCAUGAAGAAGGCUUACUAUCUCGCUUGUGGUUUUUGCCGCUGGACCUCUAGAGAUGUCGGGAUGGCCGACAAGUCAGUGGCCAGCGGCGGUUGGCAGGAACCUGAGAAUCCAUACACCCAGAGGAUUAAUAAACUGUUGGAGUACUACCAGCAAUUGGCACAGAAGGAGAAGAUUGAGCGUGACCGCAAGAAGCUGGUGCGGCGCAGAAACUACAUGCCUUUGGCUUUUUCCCAACACACAAUUCAUGUAGCGGACAAGUAUGGGCGCGGCACCAGGCUCCAGCGUCAGAGACCAGGAGUCCCUAUUACUCCUCUGGCUGGACUGACACUCAAAGAAGUAGAAGAUCAGAAGGAGAUAAAGAUUGAACCGGCGCAGGCAGUAGAUGAAGUGGAGCCGUUACCUGAGGACUAUUAUACCAGACCUAUAAAUCUCACAGAAGUUACUACUUUGGACCAACGUCUGUUACAGUGCGACUUCCAACCCAUAUGUGCCUCGCAGCUUCACCCUCGCCACAAACAUCUCCUAAUCAAACGCUCCCUCCGCUGCCGGAAAUGUGAACACAACCUGAGCAAGCCAGAGUUUAACCCAACGUCAAUUAAGUUUAAGAUCCAACUGGUCGCCCUGAGCUACAUCCCAGAAGUGAGAAUUAUGUCCAUUCCAAACCUGCGCCACAUGAAGGAAAGCCAGGUCCUGCUGACUCUGACUAACCCAGUGGAGAACCUCACUCAUAUAACACUGAUCCCAUGCGAAGAAGGCGAUCCCCAUGACAUCAACAGCACUGCCAAGGUGAUUGUUCCAACAAAGGAGCUGGUCUUAGCCGGUAAGGAUGCUGCUGCAGAAUAUGACGAGUUGGCAGAGCCACAGGACUUCCAGGAUGAUCCAGACGUUGUCGCCUUCAGGAAAGCCAAUAAAGUGGGAGUGUUCAUCAAGGUCACUCCUCUUCAGGAGAAAGGAGAAGUGAUUGUGAGCUUCAAGCUCAAGCACGACUUCCGAAACCUGGCCGCCCCCAUCCGACCGCUAGAAGACAACGAGUCCUCCUCAGAGGUUGUGUGGCUGACGCAUCACGUGGAGCUUGACUUGGGGCCUGUGGUUCCAGCUGCCCCUUAGAAACCAUUCGCACCGGUUCCUAUACAGUAGCAGGCUUCCAGGGGGCAAAUUUUCCAUCUCCACCACCUGGAGACCAAGCGUGGAGGCAGAGUUGCUUUAUGCACUUGUGCUUGGAGGUUGCGGCCUACAAGGCGGUAACUUGCGGGAAUGCGCUGUUCUCUCAACUCUGUGAUCCCUAGAACACUGGCAAAUAAGACACACUAGGUUCUGAAACACAUGGCUGUGUACAAAACGUGCUAGGUUGCCCACGUAGAGUUUGUGUACAAGAAAACUUACUGUAACGUGGAUCGCUGUGACAUUUGGAGUAUAAAUGUGCAGAAGACGUGUUCCUUAGGGAACCUUAUUCCAAGUAUAUGGCACGAUUUCUGGUUAGAUGUAGUUGCAGGCAUUGCUUUUGUUAGAUCGUCAUGUUGCCAUCUUUUAAAACACAUUUUUGAGGGCUUGUAACUUCUAAUUUAGCUGUGAUCAAGUGACAAUAUACUACGGGUCCGCAAAACUAACUGUUACAUUUCUUAUUGCAUUGGAUUGUUCUGCCCCAACCAUGACAUUUUUCCUUUUAUUUUUUAUUUUAUUUUAGUUACCAUAACCAAGGGUCACCAUAGCUUAAACAGGCAGUUAGUGGUUUGACUUCCUGGGUGGAGGCGUUUAAAGUGUUAGACCAUUCCUUUUGCUUAAAGGGGAACCUCACCUACAGUUAGUUAUACCCUCCCACCAGAACUGUAGACUCUGCCUUGGACACAACAACUGGUGAGAUUAGAUUGGUGCGAUUGUAUCGUCACAGGCUGAUUAUAGCAGCAAUAUUAUUCAUUGCAAAAUAAGGUGCGUUUUGCAUUUUAUGCUGCUUUAAAUCCCGCAGCAGAAAAACAUGGUGGAUAAAUGCCUUAUUAUCGAAAGUAAUAGCAACAUGCUUAUUUAUAAAUUAGAAUAAAGGAAACUGCAUAUUUGCAUGAGUACACCGACAGUAACACAGACUAGGUGUAAGACACGCACAUUUAUUUUUCAUCAACGUCAGAAGAUGCCAAAGGUUAUAAUAGUGAGUAACGUUCACAUAUACGUAUCAUUAGAUCUAGGUACUAAACUGCAUGUUCGUGCAAAUCGGCACUGACGUAUAACAGAAAAGUAGACACUUACUGUCAUUGUCCAACUGUUCAGCCAGUUCAAAGCUAAGUGCUCAUUGGAUACUGUGACUACAUGCAGCGUCUAGAAAUGAUCCCUAUUGUCUCACACACCAGUUUUAUAACUUUGCCCACAAUUCAGUAGUUUCCUGUCUUCUUGAUCAGCCAUUCCUGCAUUGUUGUGUUGGAUCACAGAGUACAGAUUACACAGCGUCUCUCACUCACUCAUGGUAAUUUGACACUGCAUACGACUCACUAGGGGUGUGAUCCAUAUUAUCCGAUAUGGCCACCUACGCACAAGUAGGCUGGUCUUGUUUACACUGUCACAGCACCUAGAGCAUGACUAGCAGGCAUAGCCUAUAUUUAUUAUGACAUUACUAUAUAGUAUUACUAUUCAAUGCCUGCAACCUAUAUUGUUCACAGUAUAUCAACAUUAAAGCUUACUGCUUGGGUUCCCCCCUUCCCUUCCUUGGGCUAUACAAAUGUAAAGUAU